AUGUCAAAAGCAAGACAGAAAGAUGCAUUAUUUGAUGAUGAUGCUUUGGAUGAUAAUGAGCAACUUAUUGACAUAGACGAUUUUUUUUGUCCACCUAUUGGUGAUGACGAUGAAAUAUAUUAUGAUUCUUAUAUAGACAGCGAUAUGUUGAAGAGAGGUGAAAAGGAAACCAUGGAGUUCAGAAAUACACUUAAAAAACAUAUUACCUCUGAUUUAUAUUAUGCUAUGAGAGACGAAUCGUUACUUGAAGAUGAUGCACCAAUUCCGGCUUCUUUAAAGAUAAAGACGUCGAAGAAAAUGUAUUUACAAAUACGAUACAGCAAAAAUUCUGAUGGAGAUCUGAUUGAAACUAAAACUAAUAAACUAUUAUGUGAACCCAAAUAUAUAUAUAAAUUAACUAUGAAGGCACAUUUUAUGAAUAAUCAUAUGAGAUCAAAUAAACUUUAUAGAAAUCUCUCAAUGAAAUAUUGUAACAUACCUAAUCUGCUAGUUGUAUUGGUGUUACAAUAUUGUUCUCAUUGCAAUACUACUGGUAAAAUUAGAGAUAUCCGAUCUAAUUAUGGACAGAGAAAUCAGUACAUUGAUUACUUACCUUUGGAAAGAUUACAGAUUGACAUUACGAAACCGUUUAACGAUUCUGAUAUUAAAAUAGCCAAUAAAUAUUCACAUAUCCUAUUAAUUCGAGACUACCAUUCCAGAUAUUCAUGGAUCUUCCCCUUAAAAAGUCCUAAUAUAAAGAAUAUUUCCACAGAACUUGGUAAAUUUUUAGUUACAUUACCAAGAACACCAAUAUUUCUUCAUUCAAUUGGGAUUCCGGAAUCACAAUUAAUAAAAAUUUUAACGAAGAUUCUUCUUGAAUAUAAAAUUAAAAUUAGAAUUGGUAUCGGUGGUAUUAAAGGCCGAAUGUUUCUUAGAAAAGGUAUUAGUAGAUUAGUCUAUUUACUUAAUUUAAAAGAAAAUAAAGAGAAAUGUAAAUCUGAUUGGUAUCAAUGUAUACGAAAUACUACAUUUAAAGAAAAUAGAAGAUUUGAUAGAAAUACAGGAAGUUUUGCCAACUUUUUAAUUGGGAAACAAAAAGCUGAAUUAAAUAAAGUUUUUGAAAACAAGAGGGAUGCAUUAUUAUCUGAUUUAUUAGAGGAAAAUGUCUUAAAAAUUGGUGAAUGUGGUAGUAUUAUAUAUUUUGACAAUAAUAAUUCUGGAAAAGAGUUAGAUGAGAAAGAUGUUAAUGGAGGUGUAAAUGAGAAUUCCGAAGAGGAAAGUGAUUAUGAAAAUGAUGAUGAUGAUGAUGAAUCAUUUUACACUGGAGUCAAGAAGAGAAAAAAAGCUAGAGUAAAUUAA